AUGGCAUCCUUGGUCAAGGGGCGCCAUGCCGAGAGCCUCCCUGAUGUGAAGAGAAGAGAAUGGCCGUACAAAUUAAGCUUAAUACAACGCGACAGGAUUACUUAUAAUUCAUCUCCAAGAGAGGGAGAAAGUGCACGUGCAAUGGUGUUGGGCUGGAGAGGCAACAGUUGCCUGGUUGACCGGAGACAACUGGGUCUUAACAGGACGGCGUGGCUCUUGGGGCGCACUGUCUCUGCCACAGCCGAGCAAAUUCCAUGA